AUGUCACUUGAUGGCUGGGAUACAAAUAACGCACGGAAUUGCCUUGCAGAUAGGGGACACCAGCAACAUUAUACUUCCAUGCAGCUCCGCCCGCUGCGCAUCACUCAACCACGUCACUUGCUUUUCGAGAUCGUAUUCGACCAAAGCGCACCAGCUGCGUUCCAAUCCAAUCAAAUAACUGUUAGUUGCAACUUUGUCCCAGGUCUGUAUGCGAUCAGGAGCCAAUAUGCCAGCAGAUUCGCCUUGUACAACUGGACAUACCGUCUUGGCCCUACAUACCACCCUCAUGUGAGUACUACCCACCUGCUGGGGCAAACCGAGCUUUUUACCUGGUCAGCAUCUGGCACCAUUAUCACAGAUGCCAUUGCUUCCUCGCCCCCCACUGUAGUGGCGUACAUCAUUGACACCCCACGGGCGACAGCUCCUGUAACAUUCAUGUCCAACAUUGUGUAUGCCUGCAGACAAAAUUGCCAUUCAUCCUUGUCUUUAACACUACUUCCUGAUCCGGGUAUCCCACAGCAUGCGGACGUUGAUUGUAUACAGUCUAGAUGCGAGCACCAGUCAUCCGGGGUUGGAACAGCUUCAAUUAAUUUUGAACAAACCUCGAAGCGCGACAACUUGACUGAGAGCGAAAGGUAUCAACCAGCCCAGUCAUUCUCUCGUAGUGACAAGCCUGACCAUAUCUUCAGACACUACCAUUGA